AAACGUCGUCAGUGCGCCACCUCGCAGGCUGUAAUCGUCAUGUUGACUCCGCCCCUGUUAGACUCUUACCGGAAGUGGUGGCGUUUCCUGGAGACCGGUGACAGGCGGAGGCCCUAGCUACAGGAUGAAUGUUGGGGUGGCACAUAGUGAGGUGAACCCCAAUACACGGGUGUUGAAUAGUCGAGGAAUAUGGCUGGCCUACAUUAUUCUAGUAGGCUUUCUUCACAUAAUCCUCUUGAGCUUUCCCUUCUUCAGCGUUCCUGUUGUCUGGACCUUGACUAAUGUUAUUCACAAUCUUGUUAUGUACCUGUUCCUGCACACAGUGAAGGGCACUCCAUUUGAGACCCCUGACCAAGGUAAAGCACGGCUCCUUACUCAUUGGGAGCAGAUGGACUAUGGCAUCCAGUUUACCUCUUCCCGCAAGUUUCUCACCAUCACACCAAUUGUUUUAUACCUUCUUGCCAGCUUUUACACCAAAUAUGAUGCUGUCCAUUUCCUUAUCAACACCUUAUCGUUGCUCAGCGUCCUGCUUCCCAAGCUCCCCCAAUUCCAUGGAGUACGGAUUUUUGGAAUUAACAAGUACUGAAGAUGUUUGAUGGGAAUCUCCACCUGCUGCCUGUCACACAAUUCAUGUUCUGCAUGAAAUAAGUCGGGGACAUUAUUCUCAUUACGAAGCUGCGGACACCCGGCUGAAUGAUAUUGUGUCUGACACGUUUUAUACUGUGAUGCUUCAAGAUUCAGAGAGAAGGAUAAUCAAAUGAGCGUACACACACCUUAUUACUGCAAAAUGACAUUUUGGAUAUAACGAGGGGGGAUUUAUUUGGUUUCGUUGAAGUAAGAUGAGUGAGCUUAGUAACUGCCUGAUAUACAGCAGUGCUUGCUGUACACACAAAGAUGAUUUGCUAUAAAUUAAGGUUGAAAUCAACAGCCCCUUAUGUUAAGUAUUAAAUGUGUUUUCUCUUUUAAUUUUCAUUAAAGUUGAACUAGUUUGA